CAGGACGAUCGCGGUAGUACGGCCGGCAGGGGCUGAACAGGCGGAGUGCUGUUGCGUAUUAUUUCUUUGGACACUUGACCAGCUUGUGACCGGACCGACGCAAAUCCAAACACUAUGUUUGCAAAACUCACGGCCCUAGUAGGGGGUGGCUACACGUUCCCCUACACGCUUGAGGAAGCCUAUGAGAGUUCAUGGGGCCAGUGGACGCACCACCGCGGCAAGUCGAAGGAUGACAACUCGCCGGUGUCAAUUUUUCGCAUCAGCGCCACGGACCCCAAUGACCGCAAGCUGGUCUGCGCCAGGAACGGUGUGAAGCGACUAAAAAUGCUGCGCCACCCCAACCUCCUGGCGUAUAAGGACAGCACGGAGAUGAAUGAGAAGGGAGCUACGGUGAUAAUGCUGGUGACGGAGCCGGUGAAGCCACUGAAAGAGGUGCUGAAGGAGCUGGACCUGCAGGGGCAGCACAGGGACGAGUACUACUCCAUGGGCAUGCUGCACAUGGCCAACGCCGUCAGCUUUCUCAAUAACGACUGCAAGCUGAUUCACGGUAACAUCUGCAUGGCGGCGGUGCUGGUGACCGCCUCGCUGGACUGGAAGCUCAGCGGCUUCGACCUGCUCAGCGAGCACGCGCUGCCGCCCGACCACGCGCUGCAGAACGCUAGCUGGAUGGUGGGCAACCAGUACAAGCCGGCUGAGCUGGCAAAGUCCGAGUGGUCGGUCAUCCAGCAGGGCCCGCCUUGGGCGGUGGACGCCUGGGGCCUGGGCUGCCUGACGCAGGAGGUGUUCAACGUAUCUGAGAUGCAGAGCGUGGAGGACCUACGGCGCACGGAGCUGAUGCCGCAGGCGCUGCUGCAGGACUACCAGAAGCUGCUGUCCUCCGCGCCCGUGCGGCGGCUGAACCCGGCCAAGGUGGCUCAGAGCCGCUUCCUCAACAACCGGCUGGUGGAGGUGGUGGCGUUCAUGGAGAACAUCGCGGUCAAGGACAGCGUGGAGAAGGAGACGUUCUUCCGGCGGCUGCCCUCCAUCCUGCCCUCCAUACCCGCGCCGGUGGCGGUGCGCAAGCUGCUGCCGCUGCUGUCCAGCGCGCUGGAGUUUGGCGGCGCGCCGCCGCUGGCGGUGUCGUCGCUCAUGGUGAUCGGCGGCCACCUGGAGGGCGACGAGUUCAACAAGCGCGUGGUGCCCUGCCUCUCCAAGCUGUUCGCAUCCACGGACCGCGCGCUGCGUCGCUCGCUUCUGGAGACCAUCGACCAGUACUCGGUGCACCUGACCACCAACGUCAUUGAGGACCAGAUCUACCCACAGCUGCAGACGGGCUUCAGCGACACGCACGCGUACAUCCGCGAGCUGACCCUGAAGUCGAUGUUGAGCCUGGCGCCUAAGAUGUCCAACAAGACGCUUGUGACGUCCGUCCUCAAGCACCUCUCCAAGUUGCAGGUGGACGAGGAGCCGUCCAUCCGCGCCAACACCACAGUGCUGCUGGGCAACAUGGCCUCCUACCUAGGCGACGCCACCUGCCGCCGCGUGCUGCUCAAUGCCUUCACGCGCGCGCUCAAGGACGUGUUCCCGCCCGCGCGCAUCGCCGGCCUGCGCGCGCUGGUGGCCACCAAGCAGUACUACUCAGCAGAGGAUGUGGCGCUGCGCAUGCUGCCGGCCGUGUGCCCGCUGUGCAUGGACCCUGUGCCGGAGGUUCGCGGCGCGUCGCUCACGCUCAUCGAGACCUUCCUGAAGGUGCUGCAAGACGAGGAACAGGUCCGCCGCAGCCGCGAGGCCGCGGCGGUGGAGGCCGGCGGAGGCAGCGGCGCCAUGGCGGGCAGCGGCGGCGCGGGCGGCGGCGGAGCGGCGGCGGGCAGCGCGUCGUCUUACUUCAGCAACCAGGCGCUGGGUGCAACCAGCAGCAUGCUGACGUGGGCGGUGUCGGGUCUGAUGAACACUGUGGGCGGAUCCAAUCCCGCUGCGCCGGCACAAGCAGUGGUGGCGGCGCCCGCCGCGGCACCUGCAGCAGCGGCAGCGACCCCGGCCAGGGCGGCCCCGGCCGCAGCCUCGCGUCCUGCAGCUGCGCUCCCAUCUGCGAGCAGUGGCGCCGGAAAGGCCGAGGGCUGGGGCGGCGGCGAUGGCUGGGAGGACGAUGACGAGAACUUUGAGGAGGACGCGGAGGAGCUGGCGGCACGCGCCAAGUUCGCCAAGCCCGCGGCGGCCGCCCCCAGCCGGCCUGCGGCCACUGCAGCCCGUACAACCUCCGGCGCCGCGAGCAGCAGCGGUGGCGGCAGCCGCUUCGCUGCUGAGGAUCCUGCGGAGGCGCUGGCGGCAGCAGGCGGCGGCUGGGGUGACGGGGAGGAAGCAGAUGCGUGGGAGGACAUGGACAAACCCAAGCCCGCACCAGCUGCGGCACCGCGGCCAGCCGGCGCGGCGGCAGCUGCGGCGCGGCGGGCGGCCCGAGUGGCUGGCGAAGGCGCCGGGGCGGCGGCGAAGCCGAAGCUUGGAGCCAUGAAGCUGGGCGUGACCAAGGUUGGGUCGGGGGCAUUGGGCGGCUCGAAGGGCAGCCUCGGAGGCAGCGAGGACCCGGAUGGCUGGUAGACGGUUUGCUUUGGUAGAGGGUGAUUUUGUGCAGGUGGUGGCGCAGCUUCUACAACGGCAUGCUGGCAGCGCGUCUAGUAGGGUGGCGGCUGGUUCCAAGCGCUAAUUGGAGGUAGACCGGUACGCAGGUUGAUGGUGCAGCUUCAUGACAGUGCAGGGUAAUGCCACAGACGAUGUCGUGAUCUGACGAAGCCCCGUCUUCGAAACGGCGGGGGUGGGUUUCUGUGCAUCUGUGUGCCCAUGUUAUCAAGGCAAGGCAGAUGAGCGCACCCUGUGGCUUCGCCUUGUGCGCGCCCAGCGAGCGCUAUACCACUAAAGGUUGGAAGAAUUAGGGCUGGCCGAUCGGGGCCGAUGGUGGUUGAAGUUUUGGCCCCAUCGGGGGUACAAGCACGCAUGCAUGGCGACUCCCACACUCCCAGACU